AUGGCCUCCGACAAUAUCAGUUCGGAGAAUCAAAGCAAUUCGUCAAACGGACAAGUGAGUGCACAUGCGGUCGCGAUGCGCGUACCACCUUUUUGGCCGGACAAAAUUUCGCUGUGGUUCAAACAACUGGAAGCACAGUUCAGUAUUGCCGUAAUUACUCGGGACUCUACAAAGUUCAGUUAUGUGAUCGCGAAUCUCGAACCGAAAUACAUCGAGGAAAUCAAGGAUAUUAUUGAGAAUCCGCCGGAACAAGGACAAUACGAUGCCGUGAAAGCCGGUCUGAUUAAAAGAUUGUCGGAUUCCAGCAGCAUACGCGUAAGAAAAUUAUUAGAAGGGGAAGAAAUUGGUAAUCGAACGCCGUCGCAAUUUCUCCGACAUCUAAAAAGUUCAGCGGGCUCGGAUUUAAAUGAAGACUUUUUAAGAAAUUUAUGGUUGAACAGAUUACCCGUUUCGACUCAGCACGUUUUAGCACCGAUGACGGAAAAAUCUUUAACGGCAAUGGCUGAGAUGGCCGAUCGGAUCCAUGAAAUUCGACCCGAAAAAGGCAAAAUAGCGAAAUUAGUAAAGGACCGCGAGGACGAGGUCGAUCGAGAGGAAGAAGUCAGUCGCGCGGCCGAAAUGCAUCUCGAAGUCGCGAACCGGGUUCAGAUGAUCUGUGCUGGUAUCACUAUAAAUUCGAUGAUAAAGCAACGAAGUGUCGCAAACCAUGCACUUGGAAGGUCGCGGGAAACGAAAAGAACCAUCAUUGAUAGCGGCGAUCAACGAUGGUCCCAGCAGAACUCGUCGCAUUUUCGUGACAGAUAA